AUGGAGAGCAUCGCCGCUGCAGGGCGGUACAACCUGUCGGCUCUGUGUCAGGUUCAGGUUGACGAACUGCAGCCGGGACCGAGUGAAAGGGAUCUGGUUGAUGCGGCGUUAGUGGCCUUGGAGACUUGGACAGAGACACAGUCUGAUUGGACGCUCAGCGACCUGAUUACAGCAGAGAUCACCUCGGGUCAGGCCGAGGCCGAGCUGAAGGCGUUCAGUCCAUACUACAGGAAGCAGUUCUCCGUGGCUCGUUUCUCUCAGGUGGAAGAUGAUCUGGAGCAGAACAAAGAGAAAAUCACACAGCUGCUCAAACAGCGAUUGUUAGUUGGCGAGGUGCUGUACGAGGAGGCCGUCCUUUACUUUGACCGACAACGGAAGUGGAGGGACCGGAUACAUGUGGGUUGAAAGCCAACCUACUGCCUGGAGUGCCACGGACAGCCUGGAACCUUCGUUAAAGGAGUUCCUCCCCGCCAGAAGCUGCUGCCUACAGGGGGCACUGUUCUCACCACGGAGGAGAAGUACAUGGCCAUGGUGGACAAAUGCUUCCCCGACGACACCAACGUGAAGGAGGACUUUGCGCCUCCUCUGUCGGGGAUGCCGGGACAGUUUCCUGUCUACCUGCGUCUGCCCUACAGGAGGGACUCCUACUUCUGCUUCAGACAGCAGGCCAAACAGGCUGCUUUCCUCUCCAUCCUGUCAGACUGCAUCCGGCACCAAAACCAAGACUUCCUGAAGAAGAAGACGUGUGAGGUGCAGGCCUUCCUCAAAGCCAUCCAGCUCUACAGGCAGGACAAAGGCAGAUACGAGGCCUGGGACAUGCUGAGAGGAAGUGACGUCAGGGUGAUGGCCAACCUGGUGAUGGAGCAGCUGCUGCCGUCUCUGGAGAAAGACAUGCUGCCUCGUCUCAAAGCCAAGAAGACGGAGAAAAAGAGAGUCUGGUUUGCUACGGUGGAGGCGGCGUACAUCCUGGUCCAGGAGCACCUCCUGGAGGGACUCUCCGCUCUGAAGGAGGACUGUCGAGUGUCGGUGCGGCAGCAGGAGGUGCUCAUCCACUCCGACAUGGACCAGAUCCUCAACUGCAGACGGCAGCUGGAGGAAAAAGUCCGAGCCAAAGUUUCAGAGCCAGCAGAGAAGCUGUGCUCCGAGUCGGUCCAGCCGUACCUGGGCUCGGUCCUGGAGGAGCUGAUGGAGCCGGUCAGCUCUGGUUUUCUGAAGGGACGGACGUUGAGUGACACUAUGAUGGACCAGGUGUGUCAGGACGUCCUGCUGCAAGAGAACAACGAGCAACUGAAAAAGGCUCUUGCUGACAUGGCGAGACCGGACCUGCUGAGCUGCUACCAGAACAUUGGCUCCCUGCAGGAGAAACGGCAGCACCUGCAGGAUCGGUUCGGUUUCUCAAACAUCUCAGGAGUGAUCCACAGCGCUCAGAUCGACCUGCAGCAGCUGAUGGAGAAUGCAGCUUACACGUUCGAGCAGCUGCUCCACAAAGCCAUCCAGGACAACCCUGACAAUGCCAGCUCCGCCAUCGAAAAGGCCAAACACAGAGUGCUGAAGCAAUAUGAUUACGACAGCAGCACGGUGAGGAAGAGGAUCUCCCGGGAGGCUCUCGUUUCCAUCACUCUGCCCUUUCUAAAGAAGAACCUGGCCCCCACCUGCAAGACCGAGCUUCAGGGUCUUGAUCAGUUCAUCUUCGCCGACCACUCCAACUUCAUCCACAUAGAGAACGUUUACGAGAGCAUCCUGCUGCAAACUCUGGACAAGGAGGUCACCAAAGUGGUGAAGGAGGCGGCGAGCCUGAAGAAGUACAACCUGUUCACAGACAGCAGAGACCUGCUCAGUCAGUCCAGCCGCUCCAGCCUCUCGUCCCCGUCCGUCUCCACGCCGAGCAGCCCCGCCAUGGCGCUCGCCUCUCCCCAGAAAGCCUCCCAGCCCCCAUCUCCUCUCGUGGUCAACGGUCCGUCGUCCACAGCCCAGAAGGAAGAGCAGCUGGAGGGAGUGAACGGCGUGCUGCAGGGCGAAGCCUCGACGGACGUGGUGGUAAUCGAGACGCCGCUGGGGGCGGUUGAACAGAAAGAGGCGGCUCAGAGCGUUGCUGUCAGUCAGGAGGCGGAGCUACCGGCAACCCCAGAAGAAGAGGUUUUCCAAACUGUGAAGGCGGCUUUACCAGAUACAACUAACCAGGAACAGGAAGUGAAUGUGGAAGCAGCGCCAGAGACGGUGAUCCAACAGGAAGCUCAGCCUCAGAUUCAGAGCACGGCCGCUCCAGAAGAAGCAGAAUCCCCCACUGAUGUAGAAAGUCUACAGACAGCAGCACAGAUAGAAGCUCCAGUACCAGGUCCUGAGUCUCCAAACGAACCAGUACCAGGUCCUGAGUCUUCAAAUGAACCAGUAAAUGAACCCGUAAACACUUCCGCAGAAGGUACUGGGUCCCAGACUGUAGCCAGCAGUGAAGUAGAGUCCCACUGUGGGAGCUCAGAAAUCAAGUUAGCGGCUCCCUCUGGUGGUCCAACACCAGCACUCACACCCCCAGAAGUCAGCCUGGACCUGGAGGCAGAGGAAGUAGAACCAGCUUCUGUCUCAGACCCUAAUUCUCUGGAUGUGUCAGUAGGAAGUGAGUCGGCGCCGUCGGACAUAGAGUCCAUAGAGGAAGUCAAAGUGACAGGGAACAGCGAGGACGAAGUCUCGACGACCUCUGACGUUCUGGAGGACGAGGCCAACCUCGUUAAAUCCCCCGUGAGCUCGGACGAACCCGCAGAGAACCAAACUGCGAGCGACGAGCCAUCUCCCGAGGUGCAGACGGAAGCUGAGAGCGUUGCCGUGUGUCGGGACAUCGAGGCGGGUGCGAGCGUGGAGGCGCAGGUGGCGGCGCAGGUGGCGGCGGAGGCUACGAGCCCUUCUGAGCCCGCCAAAGAGGAAACCCCGUCCAGCCCUGAAGUCCAACCCCUGGACUCCAUCAAGGAGAUCCGUGACCUGGUGGUGGAAGUGUUCGAGGUGGAGGAGCUGGUGCAACGUUACCCGAGUGGAAUUCCAAUAGAGGAAUGAAGCAUCGACGGUUUCUGUUGACGGAGCUUCGAUCUCUGGACGCUGCCUCAGAUUGAAGUUAAAAUAUGAACGGAAACAAACUUUCACAGAAGCUUCCACAAACUUUUUCACACACAUAUGCAUGAAAUUACGGGAAACUAUUUAUACAAAUCAUUUACACAAAUCAACAUAUUAACAGUGUAUAAAAAGCAUCAGGUCUCAUUUGUUCAGCGACUCUGACAGGAUUUUAUUUUUUAUUUCAGCACCAAAUUGUUUUAGAAAAUCUAGAUUUUGAACUAUUUUAUUAAGGUUGUGAAGAAAUGUCUUGGAAAUGUGAUCACGCUGCAGUAGAAUCUAUUUUCUUUCUUUCUGAGAGGAUGUUGUGCAAGGAUCUGGUUAGCCUAGCUUAGCAUAAAGACUGCAAGCAGAGGGAACCUGUAGCCUGGCACAAAUCAGUGGAAUAUUAUUACUGACAUAUAAACAUGCAAGCAGCAUGUUGUCACCUUACAGUUUCUUUAAAAUGCUCAAUCCAUUUAAUUCAUAUUCUAUAAACCCAUCAGAUGUAUUACACUCAGUAUUUCUCUCAGGAGAACAAACAGGAAGCAGCAGAAAGUGGAACAAUUUACUGAUUGUAAUUGAUCUAGUUUGAUGGAAAGACUUUUUAUCUUCAGACGGCGUUCCUUAAGUCCUCUCAAUCUGGGGCUCUGUGGUCUAAUGUUCUUGACAUAAAAAUGUUUGGGAACACGUGAACUAGUGACCUUACUGACAGAGCUACGCUAGCUGUUUCCCUCUGCUUCCAGUCUCUAUGCUAAGCUAGGCUAACCACCUCCCGACUCUGUACUUAAUGACUUGGAUUGAUAUCCAUCCGACUCUCAGUAUCCUGGCAACCUCUCAGUUGGUAGAAGCGUUGAGCGACACAGGUGGGAAACGGAUGACGGCCUGCUUACAGGCUGAAGUACUUGCAGAUAAACAGUUAAAAUAUGUUUCUGAAAACAUUUUAAAACGAGAAAUAGUCAACGCAGUAACAGAGGAUUUAUCCAAACUGCCUAAUUUGACAGUCUGGAGAGACGUUACUCUGUCAAUCAUCACAUAAAACCAGCCCCGUAUUGAAUAAACAGUUGAAUGGAAGGACGGUGAAGAUGAUGAUGAACUGUUAGUACAUGAGACUCCCUCCUCAGUCUUUAAAUCAGCGAGUUUUAGAUGGUUAACACAGAUAUUUUAAUAUAUUAGACCACAUGCAGAGGUCAGCUGGAUCCAUUCACACUAACCUAAACGGGGCGGGGCUUAGGAAGGAUCAAUUGAUUUCUCAUUAAUGUGACUUUUUUGGGACUUACUGAAGGAUUUUAACUGAAGUAGCCUAUGAAAGUGCCUUUAUCGUACCCCCGCAUCGCCUCUAUGUGCCUUAAAUCUCAUGGUGACAGAAACACGCCUCGGUUGCCGUAAAGACCGGUCCGAGUCCGAACACCUGUGCUGGAGCAUCACCUCCACCAAGUGCCUUUCACCUGCGUAGAACAUCUCAUACAGACACGGUUAGUCGGACAGUUUGACCAUAAACGGUCCAGCAGAUGAAUGUCGGUUAAUGGAAACAUUGUUUGCAAAUAUUAAUAAUAAAGAGUCUAUAAACAAA